AUGAGGAGACAAGCAGAUGAGCAGACAAAUAGCAGAAUGCUGCAGCAGAAAAAGAGAGAAGAGAAGGAGCUUCUGAAAGUCGGGAGGAUUUUGGCUAAGGCUGGUCAGAGAAUUGGGCACUGGGUGGCCAAACUCCAGGGGAAGGUCGGAGAAUCGGGCACUGGGUGGCCAAACUCCCAAACUCCAGGGGAAGAUCAUUUUUCCACUCCAUCCCCUGUCCAGCUCCACAUCCUUCUCACUGAGAGCCACCUCUACCACCCAAUAAAACCCCACAUUCAGCAUCCUUCAAAUCCAUGUGUGACCCAAUUCUUCUGUGAUACUGGACAAGAGCUUGGGAUUAUUUUGGCUGUAAGCAUCUGGGAUUUGAAGAUUGUAACCUGUGAAGGGGAAGCCAAUGUUCUCAUGGGGUGGCGCUCGUCCGGGAGGCUAGGCCGCACAGGAGCCCAUGGAGUGGAUGGGAGGCUCAGGCACGGCGGGCUGCAGGUCCUGAGCCCGGCCCCAUGGGAAGGCAGCCAAGGCCCGGCGAGAAAUCGAGUGCAGUGCCGGUGGGCCAGCACUGCUGGGGGACUCAGUACACCCUCCGCAGCCACUGGCCCGGGUGCUAAGUCCCCCAUUGCCCGGGGCCAGCAGGGCUGGCUGGCUGCUCCGAGUGCGGGGCCCACCAAGCCCACGCCCACCCGGAACUCCAGCUGGCCCACAAGUGCUGCACACAGCUCCGGUUCCCGCUCGUGUCUCUCCCUCCACACCUCCCUGCAAGCUGAGGGAGUGGGCUCCGGCCUUGGCCAGCCCAGAAAGGCGCUCCCACAGUGCAGUGGGGGACUGAAGGGCUCCUCAAAUGCCACCAAAGUGGGAGCCCAGGCAGGGGAGGUGCCGAGAGCAAGCGAGGGCUCUGAGGACUGCCAGCACACUGUCACCUCUCAAGAGCACAGUCACUUGGACCUGGAGACAGAGAGAGUUAUGUUGAGAAAUGCAAUCAGACUACAAUAACUCUAAAUGGAGGGAACCGAGAAAUGGGCUCUUGCUAUAUUUGGCCCGACUGGUCUUGAACUCCUGGACUCAAGCGAUGCUCCCGCCUCGACCUUCCAAAAUGCUGGGACUACCAGCAUGAGCCACUGUGCCUAGCUACUUGCUGUGUUUUAAAG